AUGGAAACAAAGCCUCCGGCGACGGACAGUGGCAAAUUCAUGGCUGGCACAACAUCGGUUCGGAGAGUUAUAAAUGAAGAAGUCAUGUUAAACAAAAAAGGGUAUACUCUUGGAUUAAUGUUAGGUGAGGGGUCAUAUGCUGCCGUCUACUCAUGCCAACUGAGCAACAAUAGAGGAAAGUGCGCCAUUAAAAUUAUCAACAGGAAGAAGGCUCCAAAAGAUUUUCUUGAAAAAUUUCUUCCACGAGAAAUCAAAAUUUUGAGUAAAGUACAGCACAGAAAUAUCGUCAAAUGUUUUGAAAUAUUUGAUACUGGGAAUAAGGUCUAUAUGGUGCUUGAGUUGGCCGGACAUGGUGAUAUGUUAGAAUACAUCAAGCUCAGACGAUCCUUAACCGAAGAAAAGGCGCGCUCAUUUUUUCGUCAAAUGGUGGAUGGAGUUGCUUAUCUGCAUAGCUUAAAUGUAGUGCACAGGGAUUUGAAAUGUGAAAACAUUUUGCUGGAUGCAGCGAACACCAUUAAAAUAUCUGACUUUGGUUUCGCACGCUUCAUGGAGCCGCAAGAUCUCAGCAAGACGUACUGUGGCAGUGCAGCUUAUGCUGCUCCAGAAAUAUUAAAAGGAAACAUGUAUAAUGGUAAGGCAUACGACGUAUGGAGUUUGGGAAUUAUUCUGUACAUCAUGGUAUGCGGGACAAUGCCUUUUGAUGAUUCUAAUAUCAAACGGAUGAUUAAAGACCAAAUGGAUCAGAGACUUUGCUUCACGAAAAAGAAAGAACUUACCUUACUCUUUAAAGAUGUCAUUCUGGCUGUUCUCCAACCUGCUGCAGAAAGGAGGUUAGUUUGAUAUAUCAAGGCAAUAUAGAUAAUCAUAUCAAGUCAAUAUAGAUGAUCAUAUCAAGGCAACAUAGAUGAUCAUAUCAAGGCAAUAUUGAUAGAUGAUCAUAUCAAGGCAAUAUAGA